AUGGCGUCCACGAAGGAGGAGGAUGUUCAGAUGAUGUUGGUGUGCAAGACGCACCUUGGCACCCGCAACGUGGACUUCCGCAUGAAGCGCUACAUCUUCCGCCGCACGGUCGAGGGCAUCCACAUCAUCCACCUGGGAAAGACGUGGGAGAAGCUGAUGGUGGCAGCACGCAUGAUCGUGGCCAUUGAGAACCCCCAGGACAUCAUCGUCGCUUCUCAGCGUCCCUAUGGUUCUCGCGCGGUGCUGAAGUUCUCCCAGUACACUGGUGCCAACCCUCUGGCUGGACGCUGGACGCCGGGCACUUUGACCAACCAGAUCACGCAGAAGUACCUGGAGCCUCGCCUGCUCAUUGUGACCGACCCUCGCACGGACAACCAGGCCAUCAAGGAGGCCGCCUAUGCCAGCAUCCCGGUCAUCGCCCUCUGCGACACGGACUCUCCCCUGGAGAACGUCGAUGUGGCCAUCCCUGCCAACAACAAGGGAAAGGAGUCCAUCGCCCUCCUCUACUGGAUGUUGGCCCGGGAGGUGCUCUACCUGCGUGGCAGCGUCCCCCGCACGCAGCCCUGGGAUGUCAUGGUGGAUUCCUUCUUCUGGCGAGACCCAGAGGAGAUCAUGCAGCAG